UAUCCACCCAUCCAUCCAUCCGUCCGUCCAUCCAACCCCUGAACGCCUCACUCGUCAUUUCCCGCCUGAGUUGUUACUAUGCAAAUACUAUUCCACGAGUAAUCACGUGUCUUUUAAGAAGCCACGUGGGUUAACAAAGCAAGGUUUGCCCCCCUGCCAGCCCACCUCCUUUUCUUUUUCUUUGGUACUAUUUCUUCAACUGAUCCUAAACGCACACAUUUAUCCCUGCACGCAUGGUUCUCUUCUAAUCCCAUGGAAUAAUUUACAUUUACCGUGAAUGUCCCCCCUUGGAUCAUCCCUUUUAUAAGGAGCAGACUCUUUUCUCCUCCUCACAUCUCAGCGUACUUCCAGAGCAUCACACUCUCCAAGCUGCAACAAUUUGGACCGACUUUAAAAAUAAUAAAAAUAAUUUCCUCCUAUAUGGCAUCCAAAAUGAAAGAGCGAAAGAGAACUCCAAUCUCUCAUAAAGUUAUUGAGAAAAGAAGACGAGAUCGCAUCAAUCGCUGCCUCAACGAACUGGGGAAAACUGUACCAAUGGCACUGGCCAAACAGAACGCAGGCAAGUUGGAAAAAGCUGAAAUCUUGGAAAUGACAGUUCAGUAUCUGAGGGCGCUCCACUCUGCGGAUUUCCCCCGAGGGAGAGAAAAGGGUGAAUUGCUGGCUGAGUUCGCCAACUACUUCCACUACGGCUAUCAUGAGUGUAUGAAGAACCUGGUCCACUAUCUGACCACGGAGGACCGAGCCGAGACCAAAGAUAUCAAGUACGCACGGAUUCUCGCCUUCCUGCAGUCCAAGUCACGCGCAGUCACCGAGCCAGUCUUCGGCUCUGUGGGCCCCGGGCCCGAACCGUCAGACUACCUGGGCCAUCAAGUGCACUCUUCUCCAGAGCACCACAGCCCCACGGAUGCCGUGUACCAGCAGCAGAGCCCACCGGGACACUUGUCCUGGCACGGUUCGGCUCGCGGCCCUACCAUCUCGUACCAGCCUGUAGCGCUGAGUGCGCACUCACAGCAGCAUGGUGGAUACUUGUCACCGGUACAGGGACUCGAACAUCAUCACUAUUUCAACUUCAUAGGCCACACACACCACAACACGUUUAGUUUACACAGUGCGCAGCACGCCAUUUAACACACACACACACUCACACACAUGUUGCCUUUGUUUUGUUUUAUUUAUGUGGACGUUGUACAUGAUGUGAAUAAAUGUU